GAUUUAUGAGAGUAGAAUAACAAACGAUGAUGAUCAGGAUACAAAUAAAACAAGUCAACAAUUUAUGUUCCGUUCAGAUAUGUGUCAGAUUUUCAACAAAUUAAAUUUAAGGAUCACUGGCCUUCCAUUUUCUUUGUCUUUGCAGCAAUUGAAGGCGAUGCUUCUCUGCUUCGUUAUCCUUCAACUCCUAACUGUAUUUCUUCUUAUUCGAAAUCUCAAUCCCUUUUCUCAGCUAUAAUAAAGAAUGAGAGCCAAAACCCUGUCUUUCUGCAUUAUGAAAUGAGUGUGUUCUGAAGAAUCAAUCACGAUUGGACCUUUUGGUCGUUUGACUUUCAAGUGAGUUGGUAUUAAGAGUUAAACUUUUUCCUUAAAGAAGGCUGCUUUUCUUUUCCCUGACCUCUGCUGGCCGGCGUCGGCCUUUGGUUUCUUUUAUCUCUAUGGUAUUGGGCUUGGGGUUUCUCAGUUCUGCGGUGUGCUGGGACAUGCUCGAAUUAAAAGUUGACUCUUGGUGGCUUUUCUUGAAAACUUUGAGUGUUCUUGAUUUCUAAUCUAGGGAUCUGAAAUAGGGUGGUCUUAUACUUGAUGUGAUUCUUUGCGGGUGUGUUUCUUGGAUGAAAUAGGGUUGGGAUGUUUCUUCAUUUUAAGAUGAAGUUUGCCUGAAUCUCUAAGUCUGCCAUACACCCAAAUGAGUCUCUUAAACUGGGUGAUUCUGGUUUGCCUCUUUAAAUCAUAUUUGGGGCUUCAAACUCCAGAACACCAGGAUUACCAUCCAUCUGAUUUAAAUGCCCUGAAGCAAUUUGCAGGAAACUUGACCAAAGGGUCCAUUUUCUCAACAUGGUCUGCCGGCGAAUCUAAUUGCUGCAAAUGGGAUGGUGUUGCCUGUCAAGGUGAUGAUGAUAGCAGGAGGGUGAUCAAGUUGAAUUUAUCCAGGAAAGGGUUACAAGGGUCAAUUUCUCCUGCCUUGGAAAAUUUGGAUAAUUUACAGUUGCUUGAUCUUUCACAUAAUGCUCUUAAAGGUGAGAUUCCCUUGGAUUUCUCUAAACUGAAGCAGCUAAAAUUUCUUGACGUGAGCUACAACUCCUUUAAUGGGUCAAUUGUGGAGGCACUCAAUGGGCUGGAAUCACUCCACACAGUCAACAUAUCCAACAAUUUAUUCACCGGAGAAUUAACCGAUUUUUGCAGCAUUUCAUACAAUCUUAAAGUCUUGGAUUUCUCAACAAACCUUUUAUCCGGGGGGCUUGAUGGUUUAAAUAAGUGCAGUUUGCCCCUCCAGGAGAUGCAUUUGGACUCAAAUCUUUUCUCUGGGCAAAUUCCAGAGUCUUUGUACUUAGUGUCCUCAUUUGAGCAUCUUUCGCUCUCUUCCAAUAAUCUCACUGGCCAGUUAAGUCAGAACCUCAGUAAGCUGUCAAAUCUCAAAUCUUUAGUUUUAUAUGACAACCAAUUGUCUGGUGUUAUACCUGAUGUGUUUGGGAAUUUGACACAACUAGAGUUAUUGGAUAUUAGUUCAAAUAAGUUUAUAGGGCCAUUUCCAUCCACUCUAGCACUCUGCUCUACCCUAAAAGAUAUCAUUCUUAGGAACAAUUCUUUGUCUGGCCCUAUUGAUCUUGAUUUCACUGGACUGCCCAAUCUCACCAGUCUUGUUCUUGGAACGAACCAUCUGUCUGGUCCCCUUCCUGAAUCUCUCUCAAGUUGUAAACAGUUGAAAAUUUUGAGUCUUGCCAAGAACAGGUUUAGCAGUUCAGUCCCAGAGAGUUACGCAAACCUCUCAUCUCUUGUCUUUUUCUCAGUUUCAAAUAACAGUAUGGAAAAUCUGUCAGGGUCUUUGUCUGUUCUUCAGCAUUGCCAUAACCUUUCCACCCUUAUUCUCACCAGAAACUUCCAAGGUGAAGAACUUCCCAAGAAUGUGACUGGAUUUGUGAAGCUGGCUGCUUUUGCUAUAGGGAAUUGCCACCUUCGCGGUCAAAUCCCUAUGUGGAUAUCUAACUGUACAAAAUUGCAAAUUCUUGACUUAUCUUGGAAUAAGUUGGAUGGCACCAUUCCUUCUUGGAUUGGGAAAAUGGAAAAUUUGUUUUAUGUUGACUUUUCGAAUAAUUCACUCACUGGUGAAAUCCCUAAAAGUUUGACGGAGCUAAAGAGCCUCUCUUCCCCUACUAGUGAUCCAUUCAGUCUGAAUACAUCAACUGGCAUUCCAUUGUUUAUAAAGCGAAAUCAGACAAGCAAUGGUUUGCAGUACAACCAAGCAACCAGCUUUCCUCCAGCUAUAUAUUUGAGCAAUAACAGAUUAAGUGGGACAAUCUUGCCCGAGAUUGGACAGUUGAGAUAUCUCCAUGUUUUGGAUUUAAGCCGGAACAACAUAACUGGGACUAUUCCUGGCACCAUAUCAAAUAUGUUGAAUCUUGAGGUUCUGGAUUUAUCUAACAAUGAACUCUAUGGAUCUAUCCCACUUUCAUUAGAUAAGCUUACCUUCCUCUCAAAGUUCAAUGUGGCUAACAAUCGCUUGCAGGGUGAGAUCCCGACCGGAGGCCAGUUUUUUAGCUUUCCCAGCUCAAGCUUUGGGGGAAACCCUGGGCUUUGUGGAAAGAUUGUUUCUCCCUGUGAUGGUGGAGGCCUUGGACCUACCAUCACCCCUUCUUCCAAUAACAUGUUGGGUAGAAAGGGUGUUAUUGGAAUCACAGUCGGCGUAACGAUCGGAGUUUCAAUGCUUGUUUCGUAUGUGAUCCUAAGAGCGUCUAGAAGAUAUAUCAAUGACCAAACGCAAGACUCAGAGGAAGAGGUGGGCAUAUCUACCAGAUUCUCUGAUUCAUUUAACCCGUCCAAGCUGGUCCUUUUCAAGAACUCAAAUUGCAAGGAUAUGACAGUGGCAGAAUUACUGAGAUCUACAAACGACUUCAGCGAAUCGAACAUUAUUGGCUGUGGAGGGUUCGGUGUCGUCUACAAAGUUGACUUGCCUAACGGGACUAAAGUAGCAAUCAAGAAGCUUUCCGGGGAUGGAUAUCAGCUGGAACGUGAAUUCCAUGCAGAAGUGGAAGCCCUCUCGACAGCUCAGCAUGAAAACCUCGUCUCUCUCCAUGGGUAUUGCAGCCAUGGGAACGAUAGGCUACUAAUAUACUCUUACAUGGAAAACGGAAGUCUCGAUUAUUGGCUACACGAAAGGCUGGAUAGCGAUAAUCUAUGCUUAUCAUGGAACACAAGGCUAAAGAUAGCACUAGGUGCUGCUAGGGGAUUAUCCUAUCUCCAUAACGAACCAAACAUAGUUCACCGCGAUAUUAAAAGCAGCAACAUUCUUCUCGAUGAGAGAUUCGAAGCCCAUUUAGCUGAUUUCGGGCUUGCAAGGUUACUAUGUCCCUAUGAUACACAUGUCACGACGGAUCUAGUUGGAACGCUGGGCUACAUUCCUCCUGAAUAUAGUCAGGCAUUGAUAGCAACUUUUAGGGGGGACGUUUAUAGCUAUGGCGUUGUUCUCUUGGAGCUUGUAACUGGUAAGCGACCUGUGGAAGUGGGCAAAGGAAAGAAUUGCAGAGACUUGGUGUCAUGGGUGUUUCAGAUGAAAUCUGAGAACCGGGAAGAGGAAAUAUUUGAUCCUUCUAUAUGGGAUGUAGAAUGUAAGAAGCAAUUCAUGGAGGUGUUGGGUAUAGCCUAUAAAUGUGUAGACCGGGAACCGAGGCAGAGACCCGCCAUUGAUCAAGUUGUUUUAUGGCUUGAAGCAGCAAUUGAUCCCGGGAAAGCCAGCAGAUGAAAAUGUUAAUUGGUCUUUUUUUGUUUGGGAAAAUUCAGCAUAUAGAAGUAAAACAUACUAGGAAUAUAUUUACCCGCACGGGUAGCUAAGUUGGUCGAGCGGUGGGAAAAAUUGGACGUAGACCGAGGUUCGAAUCCCGCAGCGCCCAAAAGGGGGUUUUCAGAACCUGAAAUAAGGCUGGCCCUCUGGUGCGCACGGGUAAAGGCCUACUGCCGCUUUGCCGACUGAGUCACCGUGAUUUACUCCCCCACCAUCCUGUCGGGUCGGGGUGGGGGGCCUUGGGGUUGGGGAUUCAACCUUUUGGACGUACUAGGAAUAUAUUUCUUCAAAUGCGAUCAUCAUUGAUUUUUCAUAAAAACGGAACUCGUGGACUCAUGCAGCAGAAUGUUAUUACUUUGAUUCUUUUCUCAAUGAGUCAUGAGUGCUAUUUUUAAGAUUAAAUCAAAAUGAUGACUCAUAUUUAUGGAUAUCGUUCAUGCCUUGUUUCUCUUUUUCUUAAUCUCAUUUACUUGUAAUCUCAUAUACAACAUAGGUUUGCUUAUAUAGAAGUGUACUGAUUGAGAAGAUAUAACAAACUGAGUAUCAUAUUUCUGUCA